AUGGAUCCGUAUUAUGAUCACCACCCCAUCCUUCAACAACAAUACUACGCGUACAGUGUUCCUGCAUUUCCGGUUCCUGCUGAGUGGGUGGUGAUGUAUGAUCAAGUGAAUACUCCUGCUCAUUACACCAUGAUGCCCAUGUUCUACCCUCAACCGGUGCAGUAUGUUAACGAUGUAGCAAUUCUCAACACCAUGUGGGUCAAUCAAGAACAACAUCCUAUGCAUUCGUAUUUCCAGAAUCAGAAUUACGUACCAUAUAACCGUUUGAUUCAUGAGUUCGAAGCUUUUCUAGAAGAAAGGUUGAUGAGGAUUGAACAAGAAGCAGGUCCUGCCCUACAACAAGUAAACGCUGGUACGAGGGGUUCGGGUUUAUCAGAGGAAGAGAUUUCCGAGCAUCUGCAAGUAUACACUGCACAAGGAAAGAUGAGUGAAGUGGAUGCUUGUUGUAUUUGUUUGGGUGAAUAUGAAAAGGAGGAGAAGAUGGGGAGACUCGAAUGUGGGCAUCGGUUUCAUGCGGAAUGCAUCAGGCGUUGGUUGUUGUCUAAGAAUGUUUGCCCCAUGUGUAGGUCUACUGCAUUGUCGGUUUAA